AUAAGGCAUUUCGAUUAACUCAAUGUAGACACGCGAGUUUAAAAUUGUACACAUGGAAACAUGGCUGUGUUUAUGGAUUUGAAUAUUAGUUACACAACCGAUAAAAAACGACUUCAGAAUGUUAUUGCAACAGCAGCGCACCUUGGAUACUCCACAGUUGCCAUCAAUUAUGUGGUUGAUUUGCAACAAAAUAAACAGGGAAUUGGCAAACCAAAAUGUGUCUCAGAGCUGUAUGAUACAUUCCCCAUAGUGCAGGGUAAAUCCAGAACAAUCAAGGUUUUAAACCGACUGACAGUUGUGGCCUCAGACCCAUCACACUUUAGACCAACUGCAGAGUACAAAGCCUAUGACUUAGUGGCUGUCUAUCCUAAAACAGAGAAGUUGUUUCAUGCAGCUUGCAUGACAUUCGAUGUUGACAUCAUCUGUGUMGCAGUGACAGAAAAACAACCCUUCUUUUUCAAAAGAUCUCCAGUAAAUGGGGCAAUUGAAAGAGGUGUGUUCUUUGAAAUAAGUUACGCACCUGCAAUCCGAGACUCCACCAUGAGAAGAUACACCAUCGCAAAUUCCAUCAGUCUCGUGGAGAUGUGCAAAGGAAAGAAUGUAAUUGUGACGAGUGGGGCAGAAAAGCCCCUUGAGUUGAGAGGACCCUACGACAUUGGCAACUUAGGCCUACUUUUUGGCCUGUCCGAAGGCGAUGGAAAAUCUGCAAUCUCCACCAACUGUCGCUCAGUCCACUUACAUGGAGAAACAAGAAAGACUGCCUUGRGUAUUGUACACACUAUGAAGAAAGACCAGCCAUUGACUGAGAGACAGGAGGAUGUUCCAGCAUCAAAGAGGGCUAAGAUUGAGACUGCAUAGUAGAAAGUAAAAUGCUUUUGGAUGAAUAGAGAAUGUGUUUAUGUAAAUGCCCUUUUAUGAAUAUCCUUAUUUGUGUUAAUGUGACUGUUUUCUAAUGGUCAGUGGUUAUAUAGUAUGUCAUGGAUCAGCAACUAUGAUGAUGCUUGUUCGUUUUAGACAAAAUAAUCAAAUUCAGAUAGCAAAGGCAGUGCUGUCUAUUUAAUACAUUUACAGGUAAACAUGUAAAUACAAAAACAUACUUCAGGAAGUGUAUUAAUAUACUACACAAGCAUUUUCAAAUCCUGUAUUCUCACUGACUACCACAAAACCAGGUUGAAGCCACAGGCUUGCUUUCUGCGGAACAGUAUUGUUUUUUCUUUUUACAUUAAAGACAAAUGAAGAAUG